CUUUGUAUCUGGAGAUUUAUAUAAAACAAACAAAUACCUCUUAGUACGAUUAGACAAAAUUUCAGUUGGCACAAACGGUGGGCUCUUAUUUCAAUAAUUAAAAGGUGUUUUUCAACUGAAAAAAAAAACUUGUAAUGAUUUGGUAGAAAGAUUGUUUCCAAAAUACUGUCUGGGCAGCAUUCUCUAUAUAUGUCUCUUCAGUUUAGAUUAAAAGGUAACCGACAUUUCGGGAGAUUCUAUAACGGAGAUAUUCAUUUUGUUUUCUUCAGUAAUGACACAUUUAACCUGAAAAAGUUUCGCAUACCGUCCUAAUCACCUGUGUUUCGAAGUUUUAUCCCAAGGAAAAGAGAAAAGAAGGAAACAGUUAUAAAUAAGGACGAAGUAAUCGAAGUUCAUUCUUAAUCUUGAGUCAUUUUUAAAGAAUUUGACGUUUGUUUGAUUUCUCGUUCCUUCUCUAGAAUCAUCUCACUUUGAAUUUUAGAUUGGUUUUUUGGUUUGUUUUCAACUAGAAAAGCUUAAGCUCUUUUGGGGUUUCACAAAGCCAGCCAAUUUACUUAAGUUUUCUAUACAGGUUCAGCUUUUCUAUUACCGCCCUUCUUUUUCGCUAAAUUCCACAUGGUACGCAUUCUUAUUAUAAAUCCCAAUUCUACGGGUGAAAUGACCAACAAUGUAAAAAAGGUCUUAGCUUCUUGUACACCGCCGAAUGUCGAAUUGCAUUUCCUUACUUGUCCUCCAGAAGGACCCGCUGCUAUUGAAUCCAUGUACGAUGGAAUUAUCUCGACAUCGGUUGUUAUGAAAUAUCUCAAGUGUCAUCCUCCUCAAUGCGAUGCCUUCCUAAUCGCUUGCUAUUCGGAUCACCCUCUGGUUUCUGCCUUGCGUGAAGCUUAUAGAAAACCUUGUCUUGGCAUUAUGCAAGCCUCGAUUUUCAUGGCUUUGUCGGUGGGUCGUAAAGUAGCGAUUGUUACAACAACAAACCGUUAUGGACCAUUAUUAACGGCCGGUGUUCGGGCCAUGGGUAUUUCUGACAGCGUUUUCGGUGGAGUUGUGUCCACGGGUUUGACUCCCUUGGAACUUGAAUCGAAGCCGCAUACUGAAGUAGAUGCUCUUGUACAGCAGAGUUCUCGCAAAGCAACCCAAGAAAUGGGUGCAGACGUUAUCUGUCUCGGAUGUGCUGGAAUGGCUCAUAUGUUAGAUGUUGUUCAACAAGCAGUGGGCCCUGAUAUUCCCGUCGUUGAAGGAGCAAAGGCUGGUGUUGGCAUGUUGACUUGUCUUGUUCAAAUGAAUUUAUUUACUUCUAAAGCCGGUGCAUAUCAAGCCAUUCAGUUCUAGUUAACAAUUCCAGCAAACGUAAUGCUUUAAGUUGGUAGAGUUUUAUUUUUGCAGCAUUUCAUAGAUACUUACCAACUAAAACGCUUUAGCAUAUUGUAUUAUACAAAAUAGAUUUUUCCUAAAUGU